UAUGCAACCAAAAAAAAUAAAUAAAAAAUAAAUAAAUAAAAAGCAAACUAUUUUCUUUGAAAGCAACACUGAUAUCCCACAUCCUUCAACGGCGAGACUCACAACCCACUUUGAUUUGAUCACAGAAAACGUGCUACACAAAUGAGGCCGAAUGAGAUGGUUUGACUUUGGUUCUUCAAUGAGGGAAAGCAGAGUAAUAAGAGUAAACAAUACAUCAACCCAUUGGUAUUCCAGUAGACAAAGGGAUGGCUCACAACUUGAGAAUCCUUCCAUUGCUCAUCGCUCUCUUGCUCAUUUCCAUGUCUCAAGGCACCGCAAUUAGGGACACUAUAACACCAACUCAGCCUCUCGGAGAUAAUGAAACUCUCAUCUCAGAGGACGGGACAUUCGCUUUAGGCUUCUUCCGACCAACUGGCAACACCAACAACUUGUACAUGGGCUUAUGGUACAACAAGAUCAAAGACAAAACAGUAGUAUGGGUUGCCAACAGGGAAAACCCUGUCAUCAACUCGAGUACUGGAUUCCUAUCCAUCUCCAUCAAUGGAAACCUUAUAAUCUCGGAUCAAAACUCCAAGGUUGUGUGGUCAUCCAACACGGCUAAUGUCACCAACCCAGUUGCACAGCUUUUAAACACCGGAAACCUGGUUGUCAGGGACUUAGAUGACAAAGAAAAUAGCUUUGCAUGGCAGGGCUUUGACUAUCCAACGGACACGCUGAUAGCCGGCAUGAAGCUGGGUGUGGACUUAGUGACCGGACUUAACCGGACCUUAACAGCAUGGACCAGUGACUCAGAUCCAUCUCCUUCUCAAUACUAUGCAAUGAUGGACAUCCAUGGUGACCCACAGCUAGUCCUCUGUCAGGGUUCAAAGAAGGUGUGGCGCACCGGACCAUGGAACGGGUUCAGGUACAGUGGAGUUCCGGACACGAUCACAUACUCUGGGUUCAACUUCAGCUUCAUCAACAACAAGCAAGAGAUCACCUACUCUUUCACCACCAACCUGUCAGUUUUAUCCAGGCUGCUAGUGAACAAGUCCGGUGUUGCCCAGCGCUCGGUGUGGGUUGAGGGCGGUGGGUUCUGGAACAUCUUCUGGUACGCGCCGAGAGAUCAAUGCGACUACAUGCCACCUUGCGGUCCUUACGCCAAGUGCGAUCCUAAUAACUCGCCUAUAUGUGACUGCAUCCAGGGGUUCACGCCCAAGUUUCCGGAUAAGUGGGCGUUCAGGGAUGGGUCAGAUGGAUGCGAAAGAAAGACACCGUUGGAUUGUAAGAACGGAACAGAUGGGUUCUUGUUGGUUCCUGGGACGAAGCUACCAGAAACUUCAAACUCCACCGUGGACAUGAGUUUGAGCUUGGCUGACUGCAAGACCAAGUGCCUUAAUAAUUGUUCUUGCACUGCUUAUGCUCCGGCUGAUGUACGUAAUGGUGGGAGUGGGUGUAUACUUUGGGCUACCGAACUUACUGAUCUUAGAGUGUAUACUGGUGAUUCCUACGCGCAAAAACUGUAUGUUCGGCUGGCUGCAGCAGAUCUAGAUAAAUCCUCGUCAACCAAAUCUCAUGGGAGCGGCAAGUGGAUAAUCAUCUUAGUAACCCUUCUUGGUUUGGUACUGCUAAUAGUUGUAUGGGUUGGCUAUCUUAAACUGAGACAAAUGAAGAGAAGAAGAACCGGAGCAAUACUGGAAAUUUCCGCUUCCUUCAGUGAGCCCAGUAGUAGCAAUCAAGUUGCUGAUUCACUUCCAGGAAAAGAUAUUGAACUGCCUCUUCUUGAUUUUAACACUAUUGCUGCAGCAACUGAUUAUUUUGCUAAUGCGAAUAAAUUAGGAGAGGGCGGCUUUGGACCUGUUUAUAAGGGGAAGCUCGGAGAUGAACAAGAAAUAGCAGUGAAGAGACUUGCAAAAACUUCAGUACAAGGUCUUGAUGAGUUUAAGAAUGAGGUUAUGUUAAUUGCCAAACUUCAACACCGGAAUCUUGUUCGGCUUCUUGGUUGUUGCAUUGAAAGAGAGGAAAGACUCCUGGUUUAUGAGUAUAUGCCUAACAAAAGUUUGGAUUUCUUUCUUUUUGGUAAACCCAAAGAUGUAGUUUUUGAUUGGGAAACACGCUUCAAAAUUAUCAUGGGGAUUGCUCGUGGCCUGCUGUACCUACAUCAUGAUUCUAGAUUAAGAAUUAUUCAUAGAGAUCUUAAAGCAAGCAAUGUCCUUCUUGAUGAAGAGAUGACCCCAAAGAUUUCAGACUUUGGGAUGGCAAGGAUAUUUGGAGGAGAUGAAGCUGAAGCCAAUACUAGAAAAGUUGUUGGCACAUAUGGAUACAUGUCUCCAGAGUAUGCAAUGGAUGGGAUCUUCUCUCAAAAGUCUGAUGUGUUUAGUUUUGGAGUUUUAGUGCUGGAAAUUAUCACUGGCAAGAAGAACAGAGGGGUGUACUUAGCUGCGCCUCAUACGAACCUUUUAGAUCAUGUUUGGAAUUCAUGGAAAGAAGGGAAUAGCUUACAAAUGGUUGAUGAAUCAAUAGGUUACUCUUAUCCCAUGAAUGAAGUCAUGAGAUGCAUUAAUGUAGGACUUCUGUGUGUGCAAAACCACCCAGAGGAUAGGCCUCUCAUGUCUUCUGUUAUUCUUUUAUUGAGUAGUGACAAUACACUGCUUCCAUAUCCUAAAGAACCUGGAUUCGCAGCAAGAAGAGUUCCUCAUCAAAUGGAGACAACUUCAAGCAAACCAUAUUCAAGUUCAAUUAAUGGGAUUACAGUGACACUGUUUGAAGGGAGAUAACAUGGUAAAGAGAGAAUAUAUAUAUAUAUAUUGUAUGUAGCUCAUAUAUUGAAUAUAUAUUUAUGUAAUUUGUAUCCUUAAUUUUGUAAUAGAAGGAUGGAUAUCCGCUCCACUCUCGAUGACACAUGCAUACUUUGCUAAACUUCGUUAAAUCUCUUGUAUUUGUGUGAUUACUUUUAUUUUUUCUUUGAGAUGUAUUUUUUGGCUCAACAAUAUAUACU